CAGUUGCCUUUGACAGCUUUUUAGGUGACGCUUCGAUUGAGACUAUUCUUCCCCCACCCGCCCCCCUUUUCAUUUGUUUCGGGAUAAAGAAGGGGAGUACAAAGAAAACAUGGAACGGUGGUGAAUCUCCCCAGGAGUGGCCGUCCUACAAAAAUUUCCUCAAGAGCACAGCGAUGACUCAUCCAGGAGGUCACAAAGGAACCCAGGACAUCAUCUAAUGAACUGCAGACUCCCUUGCCUCAGCUAAGUCUCAGGGCUCACCAUACUCGAUGAGCGGACAGCGCAAUGUCAGAGCGCUCUGGGCAAACUGCAAAGGGGAAGGAAGGCAAAACCAAGUAUGCGUCUCUCAACCUGUUUGAUACAUACAAAGGAAAGAGCCUUGAAACACAAAAGCCUAUUGUUCCCCCCCGCCAUGGCUUGCAGUCUCUCGGUAAAGUUGCCUCUGCCCGGCGUAUGCCCCCCCCUGCCAAUUUGCCAAGUCUGAAGGCGGAGAAUAAAGGCAACGAUCCCAACGUCUCACUCAUUCCCAAAGACGGCACAGGAUGGGCAAGCAAACAGGAACAAGCGGACCCAAAGAGUACCGAUGCAUUGUCAGCACAGCAGCAGGAACUGCAGCAGCCUGUGGCUUCACAGACGCCUGCACCGACCCGCCCGAGAACCCCGCCAGCUUCAGAGGUGCCAACAGUCACAGCUAUGGCCCCAGCUUCAACCCAGGCCGCAGGGGCAAGGUCCUGGGCACAGGCCAGUGUUACACAUGGAGUACAAGGGGAUGGUGGAAAGGGAUCAAACCUACCGUCGCCAUUCUCUCGCGAGGAAUUUCCCACCCUGCAGGCGGCUGGCGACCAGGACAAAGCUGGCAAAGAACAGGGCACUGCAGAUCAGUGGUAUGGGCCCGGACCAAACCUCCGCCCCCAGAACGUUACAAGCUGGCGGGACGGUGGGGGCCGAGGCCUGGCACCCACCCUCUCUGGGGAGGGGGCGGCAGAGGGUGGCAGCGGUGGGGCUUUACUGAUGGACGGGGCAGCCGGGGUCCCGUCUCAGAAUUCGCAGUCCCAGAUGCCACCUAGGAACCCUUCCGCAGGCAGCCCCGCCUUACCCCUGCCUCAGCCCCCAGUGGGUCCUGGGUUUCCCCCGUUCCGAGGGAUCAUGCCUCCAUUCAUGUAUCCACCAUAUUUACCCUUCCCGGCAAAUUAUGGUCCUCAAGGCCCGUACAGGUUUCCACCACCCGGUGAAGGUCCAGCUCCAAGGCUCUCUCGGUCGCAGGUUGGUCCUGACAGCAGGCCUCAGCUUCUCUCACGAGAUGCAGGUGGAGAGGUGGUUAGGCGACCCUCAAUCCUAAAGCAGGAUGACCUCAAGGAGCUCGAUGAGUUGGACCACGAUGGAGAUGAAGGCUGGGCAGGGGCACAUGAGGAGAUUGAUUACUCCGCAAAGUUGAAGUUCAGCGAUGAUGAAGGAGAUGAUGAGGGUGAAGAGGACACAGCAGACAGCAAGAAUGACACAAGUGAGCAGCAGAAGUCUCAAGAGGCCCCUCUUGCAACCUCAUGCUCUCGAGCCUCAGACAGCAGUGGAGAUAACCGCCACAGUCCUUCCUCAAACACUGACGAUGCCCCACAGACUCCCUCCGUCAAGCCAGGAUGGGCUGAGGGCAACCAAGGAGCACCAUCCAACUACCAGGGGCGCAGGCAUGGAACGGGUGGUCACCGGGAGCAGCCCUCCCCCCCACCUGGCCCCCUCGUCGGACAAGGGCCUCACUCCUUUUACCGACAGGAGCGGUCACACAACCAGAGUGCAUCAUCGGCCUCUGUAAAAGGAGGCCACACCCAGCAUCAGCCAGCAGCAGGAGGCCCUACCCCUCCUCCCCAGCCUGGACUGCUGGUCCAUGGGGUCCCUGGAGACGACGAAGAUGAGACCUGGCGUCAGCGCAGGAAGCAAUCUUCGACUGAAAUCUCUGCUGCUGUGGAGCGGGCCCGUCGACGCCGUGAGGAGGAGGAACGUCGGAUGGAGGAGGAGAGACGUGCAGCCUGUGCAGAAAAAUUGAAAAGGCUGGAUGAGAAGCAGCAGCAGCAGCAAGGCGGCAAUGUCGGAGGAAGCGGUGGCAGUAAAACACCCAGCCUUGAUGGGAAUUCUACAGCAGCCACAGCUGGCAGCCCUAGUCCAUCCUUGUCGGCCUCUGCAUCUUCCCCCAACAUCAGCCAGCCGCCUUCGCCGUGUGUGGACCCUGAAGAGCCUCCUGUGCUGCCUGUGCAGUCGAGCACAGGUCUUGGUGUCGGUGAAAGACAGCGGGCAAGCAGCAACAGCAGCUAUGACUCUAACACAGAUGCUCAGCAUUGUCCUCAGCCAGCUGUGUCGCAGCCACAGCCACAGCAACUUAUGUUGGAAGCACCUUCACCAGUAGACAAAGAGGAGACUGUCUGCACUCCUCACAUUCGAGGAGGAAGUGGAGGUGAAAGAGGGACAGAAUCGGUGAAGAUUGAGAAUAUUGGAGGGGUAUCAAGCCGGCAAGCGAUCGUUCCUCCGGGCCAGGGUUACUCAAAGUACCAAAAGUCCCUCCCACCUCGUUUUCAGAGGCAACAGCAGGAGCAGCUAUUGAAGCAGCAGCAGUGGCAACAGCAGCAUAGCCAGGUAUCCCAAAACCAGAUUUCCCCCCAACCCCAAGCACCGCAGGGUCCUUCACCAGUUUCAACACCCCAGCCAGGACCUGGACCUAAGCAGGGUGGACCACUGUAUCAACCGGGCAAUUUAGUACGGCCACUUCCAAUGAAUUUUGACCCACGCUGGAUGAUUAUGCCCUACAUGGACCCACGCAUGAUGCAAGGCCGCCCGCCCAUGGACUUCUAUUCCACUGGCAUGCACCCAUCGGGGCUUAUUGGGCGUGAGCGAUCUGAUUCGGGAGGAUCUGGUUCAGACCCAUUUGAUCGGCAACAACAGCAUCCAGGGCACCCUCACCGUGGUACUCCCCCUAUUGAUCCUAAAUUGGCCUGGGGGCCUGAGGUAUUUCCUGGUGGAGGGGAAGGUUGCGGGAUUAAUCCCCCUCUGAGGCAGAGGCAGACGUCAGAAGAAGAGGAUGUGACCAAAGGGCCCAGGAGUGACACUCCUCCACAUCGCAUCCGAGAGGGUGGAUUGGGACCCAUCAAGCAGCCCAACACAACUUCUGGGCCGUCAAAUCAGACGCCACCUCCUGUUAAUGCGCCAAGUGGCAGUCACCCCCCUCAUCAUUACAUGAGUGGGCGGGGCAACUACAGCAACUUCCAUGAUCAAGGUGCAAGGAUACCACCCCACCAGCAGCAGCAACAACAAAGAGCUGGUGAAAGGGGAACCCACUCCCAUGGCUUCACCCAUCAGGAUGACGUCCAAGGCCGAGGAUCUCAGCCAGGCCAACUGUGGGGGGCUCCACACCCUCACUACGAUCGUAACGGCCGUGCAGACCUCCCUAAUGUAGAGGGCAACACUCAUCUACACCACCAUCACAGCCACCACCCUCAGCAGCCUCACUACACUGUCCAAACCCAUAAGCUCGAGAAGAGUCAUGACAGGAUAGUUGAGGGCCAUCCAAAAAAGACCAACUCUUCUCCCCCACUCCACCAGCCCUCCAUGUCAUCCUCAUGCUCAUCAUCUUCCUCUUCUGCUUCUACCAGGGAAGAUGGCAAUGUCAAGGCCACUUUGCAUCAUCAUCAUCAUUCUCACAGAGAAGGUGAAGCUGGUGUCAGGCAAACUAUUAAUGAAAGAGGCAGUACCGGCAGUGGUGGUCAUGUAAAACAUGAAAAAACAAGCUCUGUGUAUGCAUCACAUGCUUCUGUGACCUCCAGCCCACCUCCUGCUCAACAUGGCAGUCACUCCCAGCCCCAGCACCAUCCCCAUCCAAGGUCAAACCAAAGAGGGGUGCGUGAUCAUAAAACCGAGACCCAGUGGGGCCCUCGUCCUGGCAACACCAACACAGGUGGGGCUUUUUCUCAUGGCAGGAGGGCCAACAAUGCAGGUAGUGGGAACAAUACCCGUGGCGCAGAUGACACUUCCCAUGCUCCAUCGGAGCACAAGCCCGCAAGCCAGACAGGAGGCAACAAUCCCAACAAAAGGGCGGGUCCAAUCAAGAAGCCAGUGAUGAAAGAGAUGAAGAAAGAGGGAGAUGUUGACGGAGGAGAAAAAUCAAGCCAAGGCUUUGGUAAAGAUAAAGAGAAGGAUGGUGGCCAAGCCACCUCAGUAAAACAGGAGGCCUCCUCCUCUCAUAACACAUCAGCUCCAUCAGGCAAAGAAGAGCCUGCUGUGACAAUAAAACCCAGGAAUGGCGGGAAAGAACGGCCAGCUGGAGGAGGUGGCGGUGGGUCAGGGAGAGGACCUAAAGAGGCAGACACCACUUCUUCAGGAUUUUCAGGAUCCUCAUCCCGGAGAGACAGAGACCGUUCUUUUGAGAGAAGAACCAGCUAUUCCCAUAAUCAUGGAGUCUCCACCAAAGCAACCAGAGGCAGUCGUGGGCGAGGUGGGGAGUUUUACGGCCGUGGUCGUGGUUAUAGGGGCACCUACACAGCCAAUGCUGGGCCUAGUGGUGGUAACCGUGGCAGAAUGGCCAGCAGGAGUGGCAGAGACUAUCGCACAUCUGUUGCUGUUGGCCACCAUCACGAUUCAAAGGGUGAGGGCCCUGGUGGUAGGCAUUGUCAAGAUAGGUCCCAUCACAACCCAGCCAGGGCCAGGAAUCGUAGUGAAACACGCAGUGAAGGCUCAGAGUAUGAAGAAAUUCCCAAGAGGAGGAGGGAGAGAGGCUCAGAGACGGGCAGCGAGAGUGGUGCAAGUGACCUUGGUCAAUCGGACAAGGAUGACACCCACAAACAGAACACCAAGAAUGGCAUUGAUAAUACCAACACCACUACCAGUGGCAACAUUUCAUCUGCACCCCCAAGAGGGUCACAGGCUCGGGUUUUCACCCCGAGGGGAGUGCCAUCAAGGAGGGGCAGGGGCGGUGGUAGCGGAGGAGGAAAUAUCUACAGGAAUAGUGGCAAUGUUGGAGGGCCAGCUGGGGGACACAGAUCUGCACCCACUUCGGCCUCUCAUGGGGGCUCCUCAAGGCAGCCAAACUCUGCACGAAGGCAGCAAGCCCCGUCACAAACUUCAGGGCACAAGGACUUGAGCAGGGGAGGGCCUCCUGUGGAUAAGAAGGAUAAGACAGUUGAUGGAAAUCAAGCUCAAAGUCACGGAUCCAAUCCUCCGCAGACCACUUUGUUUGCUUCAGCUCCUACCACUCAAGCGUCCGCUGACAAUGGAGCUGUUUUGACCCAACAAGCUUCAACCAACCCUGCAUCAAUCAGUGGUGGGCCAAAUUCAGUCCCUCCUCCUGUUAACCGUGGGUUCCCUCCCAAUGCCUUUGACCGACCCAAGCGUCGUCGCCACAUGCGUUCCCAACAUCAGCAGGACAAGCCACCUCGCUUCCGCAGGCUGAAGGAGCGAGAGAACGCCGCACGGAUCAAUGGUGGAGGGGGGGUGAUUGGAGGAGGAAGGCCCUCCUCUCCUUCUGUGAACUCAGUUCAGGAAAGUAACGGAACCACUGUCACAACAACACUGAUCAAUAACGCGCAGAAUGCCAACCACAACACCACGCUUACAGCUAACAAUAACAGUGGCGGUGGACACCUCGGCAAUGCAAACAGCCACCAGCACCACCACUUCAACCAGGGAAGUACUGGGCCCACCCACCCCCAGCACCACCACAGCCAUGGAGCAAAGUCCCCAGACUUCACCAACCAGAAUUCAGACCAGGCAAACGAGGAGUGGGAGACAGCUUCCGAGAGCAGCGACUUCACUGAGUUUCGAGACAAAGAGGGAGGAGGGAAGUCGUAUUCUUCUCACCAUCACCACCACCACUUCAGGAAGGGUGGAGGAGGAGGUGCCGUCGAACGUGAGAUGUCAGGUAAAGAGCCCCAAGCUAAUAAAAGAAGCUUUUCAAGCCAACGUCCUGGCAUGGAAAGGCAAAACCGGAGGGUUAACGUCGGAGGAGGUGGUGGUGGGGGUGGAGGCAGAGGCCCUCGAGGUCCACCUGGUGGUGGCUCCGGUGGGACAGGAAAUGGAGGUGGAAACCGUGGGGAGAAGCGGGGCAACUGGCCCUCCCCAAAAAAUAGGAAAUGAUAGUAUAUUUCAAAACAUUUCGGAUGAACUGCACUCACUUUCAACCCAACUCUUCCAUUUUUAACCCCGUUUUGAUUAUUUCAUGUUUGCAUCCCUACACAUAUGAGUGUCUUGUACAGUAUAUGGAGAUGGUAUUCUACAUUCACCCUGGUCAACUUUCUCACCUUUCGCAUCAGUCAGCUGUCGACCGUCCUUUUACUUUUCUCUGAUUGUUUUGUCUUACUUUAGGUUAAAUUAUGCCCUCUUCACCUUCAAAAAUCUCAUCCCAGUUAGAUAUAUCACGCGUGUAGUACUGCAAUGAAAGUGCACAUUGUUUUAAAAUGGGGGCGUUAACACAGCUAUACAUACAAGCACAAUAUGGCAUCUUUAAACAAUGUAGAACUUGUGUAGAUGUAAAAUGAUUGUGGGACUGAAUUGGCAAAUCAUUAAAUUGGGCAAACUUUUAUAUUUAUGUGCGUGUGUAUAUUUCUACCACACUUUGGCCUUUGGUGGUUUAUGGUAGUCCAGUUCUGCCCGACUUCCCCUCACCAAGGGGAAAAGCGCAGAUUCAGUUUAACAAGAACAGUACCAAUGUAUCAUACAAUUAUCUUAUUUGUUUUCAGGAGAGUUGUGUCAAUUCAUUUUCAGCCACACGAUGUUAAGUGUGUAUGUGUGUGUGGUCUUGUUUGUUACAAUGAGGAUCGUUAAACAGCCCUCAAGCUCUUAUUUACUUUUCUUUCGCUCCCAGUUUGGAAAUUUUCUGCAAAGUAUGUAAAAACUGUGAUAGGACCCAUGUAAUACUGUUCCAUGUCACUAGUUUCUUUUUUAUAUAAUUUGCCCUGUUGCUUGUGUAGACAAUUUUUUCCUUUCAAGCUUUCAUCUUGACCUGCUUUGAAAUUUAGAUUGAUCAAUUUUCUUUUUUUUUUUUUUUUUUUUUUUUUUUUUAAAAAGAAAAUAAAGGCUUUUUCAGCCUCACCGUAGCAUCCUUGUUAUCUGCAGAAAUUCUGCACACUGCAAAAAUACUCCCCAAUGGACAAUAGUGUUCCUGUUUAAUUCAUAAAUUUGCUUUGUCCGACUGUUAAUUGCGUGACUGCUUUAUUUCUCGUUAUUUCCUCAGAGAUUUCCAUUUUUAUAUGGAAACGUUCUCUUUUCUCUUUAAAGUGCAAUGUCUAUUCUAUUGAGGGGAAAACGAGUUAAAGGAGAACUUUUGGUCAUGAUGACAUGUUUGACUUUUCACAAAUUGUCGGUUGGUUAAAUUGUUCAUGCUUCAGUAGUUAAUUACGUUGUAAUAAGCACUCCCUGUGGUAUAACGCAAAAAAAAAAAACUUUUGUUGCUGUUUUUUUUUUUUUUUUUUUUUUAAAUAAAUAUAAAUAUUCACUUAGUAGUGCUUACAUGUGAUGCCACAAGGACAGGUACUCUGUCUGGGCCCAGAGUACGAAGACAUAGGUCGAGUAUUACAUCUCUGCUGUUGUGCAUGCGAUGAUGCACCCUGUGCUAUUACUAUUGGGACAUGCCACACCAACAAGGACUACCAGGAGCUCCUUAACUGAGGAAGGGUUUUCAAAGGGUGUGCUCUCAGGACGGCUGUUCCAAUACGGUGAGGGGAGGCAGAAUCACCCGAGUCACAACAGAUGGCAAGAGUUCAACGACCUGACUGUUUGUUAUGGAACUAAUGGAUAUGUAACACUUGUAGUCACACAGUAUGGAGACUAAAAGGUGAACAAAGUACUCCUCUGCAUCAAUUCACUGCUGUAAGUUGGGGUUUUGUUUGUUGACUGCGUUACAGUUUAGCGGGGAUGUUGCGAGUAGGGCAUUUGGUGAUUAGUGUGCGCGCAUCUGUGUGAUGUGUUUGGAAUGUGUGUGUGCGUUUGUUUUCUGGUAUCUUAUGUUGUAAUGGGAACGGCAAGGACCAGAGGGUAAGAAGAAUGGCAAGCACUUUCUGCCUUGUUUGCCCACGCCUGAUUGAACCCAUGUUAUCAAAUCUGCUGCUUUAAAAAAAACAAAAAAAAACAUCUGUGCAUACAUCAAAUGAGCAAGCAGUGGAAAGAAUCACUUUUUGUAUCCUUUAAUACAGUACAGAAGCAGGCAAGCGACUCAUCCUUCCACUAGAACUUAAAGCAUGAAUACACAGCCAUGUGUACAGCUUGCCUUGCCUGUCACUGGUUUCUGCAUCGCUAGCUGUACUAUUGAGGCUGGUUCAGAAAGUCCGCCAUCCCUCCUAACUCUUCGAUAUUGAUGUGCACAUUAUUCUAUGUACCCAUGCUAAAAGAAAAAAAAAAGUAUAGUGUAUUGAAAUUACUCAAAAGAUUGUACUGUUUCCAGCUUUACCAAGGUACCUGGAGUGGUCCAUUCUGUUUUAACAUUUAUGGUUUUAAUAAUGGAGCCGUAAUAUAUGCACAUGUAUGUAUAUUGGUAUGUAUCUUAAGUUUUGUCGACCCCAACUUACAUUCCCACCAACAAAUGUUGCCAUUUUUAGUUCAAGGGAGCAAUGUACAAGCAGAGAAGUGUCUUAUUAUAAUAAAGUUAUACAGAGAAGGCAAAGUUAAAUAAACUACUUUUGAUUGAAUGGAAAGCCGGAGUUCCAUGUCUCUUCUAUUUUACAACUUGUGCAGGUAAGAUUGUUUUCGAAUAGGUGUUGCAUGUCGUUCGCAACUUCCCUCCAUGGACUUCAGUGUUUACAUCUUCAAUUUAAACAAGUCCCCAUCCGAGCUGACUUUGGGCAAGAGGCGUGUCCACC